AUGGAGAGGAUGAUGAGGAUGGAGCGGUGUGUCUCACAAGUUCAAGACCAGAUGAUGGAGCUACAGAAUACCCUCCAAGCAUCUCUGAAUCUUCACCGGUCACCAGUACGACUUACACUGUCCGAGGAGGCACGCUGUCCCAGUGUUCCCACAGACCAGCAAAUGGGCAGCCCGGAGACCAUCCUCCCUCUCAUCCAAGUACUGUCCAAUCCCGAGCAGCCCACUAACCUGCUGUUCGUGACGUGGGGGACUCUACACAGCCUGUUUAUGUCCUCUCUUCAGCUCGAAGCGCAGCUCGACCAGCACCAGUGGUAUCCAGGCCUGCAGCAUCAGACCAUCCACAUCCGCCCUGGCCGCAGCAGCAGCAAAGAGAAGUGA